UCACGAUGAGUACUACAAUGUCCAUAACUUUGUUGAUUUGUAUGUCGGUGUUAUUAAAUCCUUGUUGCAAAGGAUUCGAAGGGCCAUGCAAGCCAUCAAAUAAACCUUUCGGAGAUAACAUUUGUAAAAACGGUGUAAUAGCAAACAUAACAAACAGAUACCACACUAUUAAUACCGAUGACAUUGAAGAGGCAAUAAAAUAUGGUUUUCAUUCGAUUGAAUUUUAUAUUGACGAUAUAGAGUCUAAAAAAUUAAAUACUACAGAUGUUCAAAUUAAAAUUGGAAGUCCUACUCAUGGACAAUUAAUUGAAUCUCAGCUUUCCGAAGACGGAUAUUUAGCAUAUUGGAAUGCUGAAGUUAUAACUCAUUCAUCGUUUUUUAUGUGCAGUAGUAGAAUUAACGGGAUUGAAUGUGCCAAAAAAGUAUCGAAAAUAAAACUAGAUAAUUCAUCAUUAGGUGAUGUGUGUUUGUCCGACAAUUACAACAGAGCUGGGUGUAACGGAAUGAAUUUGAAGUACCGUAGUCUUGACGGUUAUUGUAACAACUUGAAGCAUUUUUAUUUAGGAAGAGCAACCAUGCCGUAUACACGUUUGCUGUUUCCGGCUUAUUUAGACGGUGUUUACCGUGUUACUCAAAAACUACCCAAUCCAAGAAUACUAAGAAAUGAACUCGUCGUAGACGAGGAUUCACCUGACCCCUUAAAAACGAUGGUGAUGGCGUACUGGACAAUUUUUAUAAGACACGAUUUAUCACACACUGUCAUUUCCAGCAUGAGAAAAACGAAAGUACCGGUAAAAUGUUGUAAUGAUGAGGAAAGGGAGCUAUCUCCUCGUGACACAUAUGACUUGUGCAUGCAAAUAAGGAUACCUGAUAAUGAUACGUUUUUUAGUAAUUCAAUGCACAGGUGCAUGAACUAUGUGCGAUCGGUGCCAGCGGUGCGUCCCGAUUGUACAUUUGGACCCAAGGAUCAAAUGAACCAAGCUACUCAUUAUUUAGACGGAUCAAUGAUAUAUGGUACUUCGGCUAAACAUACUUGGUCGUUGAGGUCCAAAACGGGGGGCCAACUGUUGAGUGACGAAGGCUGUGUUCAUAAAACCAAAGGAAACCCGCUACAGCCGCAAUAUAUGCCACUAGAAGACAUCGAUUAUAACAAGUGUCAGUAUGGAACUGGAACGUGUUACAGAUCUGGAGAUGACCGUGUAAACGGGCUUCCUCAACUGACGGUCAUGCACACAUUGUGGAUGAGGGAACAUAAUCGAUUGGCCAAAACACUGUCCUACCUAAACCCGCACUGGGACGAUGAUCGCAUUUUCCAGGAGGCCAGGAAAAUAGUGAUAGCGUCUAUUCAACACAUCACAUACGCUGAGUGGCUUCCGACUCUACUAGGCAAAGACUACACCAUGCGGAACGGGCUGCAACUGCUGACAGACGGGUACAGCAACGCGUACAACGAGUCCGCCGACCCGUCUGUAAGCAACAGCUUUGCGACCGCAAUACUACCAUUCGCCAAUUCCAUGCUCAGUGAUACAAUCAGUUUAUACUUAGAAAACCGAGCAGUCUACGGUAGCCUUUCGCUAAAGGAACAUUACAACCGACCAACUAAUUUACUAAUGAAUUACAUGGAUCUACUUGUAAGAGGACUAUCAACGCAAAAUACUCAAAAAGUGGAUAUGCUGUUUACACAGACGAUUACAAAUUACUUAUACAGUGUUCACCCGAAUAAUUUGUUUGGAAUGGAUAUUGUCAGCUUAGAUAUCCAGCGCAGUCGAGAUCACGGUAUUCCAAGUUACACGGAGUAUAGAAAAUUUUGUGGACUAAAAGGUAUAGAAAGUUUACAAGACUUGUCUCAAACCAUGGUGCCAGGUUCAGUUGAUAGAUUAUUAAAGCUAUAUAAAACUUGGAACGACAUAGAUCUAUUGAUAGGUGCGUUGUUUGAGAAGCACGUGGACGACGCGAUGGUUGGUCCAACAAUGAGAUGUAUAGUUAGAGAACAAUUUGUAAGAACAAGAAUUGCUGAUAGAUAUUUUUACGACUUGCCGGAUGUAUUUAAUAAAGAUCAACUGAGAGAAAUUAGGAAAGUAUCGCUUGCCAGAAUCUUUUGUGAUAAUAGUAAUAAUGUCACAAAGAUGCAGAAACAAGCUUUUUUGAAACCUUCAGUUACCGAUUUGCAACUGUGUAAAUCUCAAAUAAUUCCAAACAUCAACCUCAAUCAUUGGGCAGAAAUGGUAGAUUAA